AAAAAAAAAAGAGAGACAAAUAUUGACAAAAAAAUAAAAUAAAAUGAGAGACAAAUAAAAUAAUUGGAUGAUUCAUGUUUCAUGAUCAUGAGGAUGAAGGUGCCACUAGUAUAAUCAUUUGUGGCCGUCCUUUUUUCUUUGAUUAAAUUGUGGCCGUCCUUGUGAGUUUUUUCUUGGGACAAUCCUUGGGAGUUGGUUUAAAAAUUGAUAUUACGCGUAUAUCACAUUUGCUCCUCAUAGUCCUCGUUGUCUUAUCGCUCCUUGCUCCGAUCAUCAUGGCUGAAUCUAGCAGAUCAUCAACGUCCGAAGCGAACGUUCACAUCAUCUACACAGAGAAGCCUAUCAAUGAGGAACCUAAAGACUAUCAUCUACGUACACUCUCCUCCGUUCUUGGCAGUGACCAAGCUGCAAAGGACGCUCUGGUUUAUAGCUACAAGGAAGCUGCCUCUGGCUUCUCAGCUAAGCUCACACCUGAGCAAGUCGCCAAGAUCUCCAAAAAACCAGGUGUGAUUCAAGUUGUGUCAAGCCAGACCUACCAGUUGCCCAAACCUGUUGGUGAGAGAGUUGCUGAAACGUCCGAAGCGAAAGUUCACAUCAUCUACACAGAGAAGCCUACCGAUGAGGAACCUAAAGUCUAUCAUCUCCGUAGACUCUCCUCCGUUCUUGGAAGUGAAAAAGCUGCAGAGGACGCUCUAAUAUACAGCUACAAGGAAGCUGCCUCAGGUUUCUCAGCUAAGCUCACCCCUGAGCAAGUCGCCGAGAUCUCCAAACAACCAGGUGUGGUUCAAGUUGUGUCGAGCCAGACCUAACAGUUGCCCAAACCUGUUGGUGGUGGUUUCAAGCUGACCUAAAUUUACGUCUGUCUUAUUCAACUUCUGCUGAAAUAAUUCUCUUGCUUUACAGAGAGAGUUUGUGUUGUAAUGUUGUUGGUUUGAAAGAACUGGUUGUCUAAUUUAAAUGAAAGAACUUGUUGUCUAA